AUGGCUUGCUGUGCACUACAAAUCACUGGCCUAAUAUUCGGAGGUGUGGGCAUGGUUGGGACUUUGGCAGCCACAGCUAUGCCUCAGUGGAGAGUUUCUGCCUUCAUUGAGGGCAACAUUGUAGUGUUCGAGACCAUUUGGGAAGGAUUAUGGAUGGACUGCAUCAGUCAGCUCAGCAUCAGGCUGCAGUGCAAAUUCUAUGACUCCGUCUUGACGCUUCCUCCAUCCUUGGAGGUGUUUAGAGCCCUCAUGUGCACUGCCAUGGGGCUGUCAAUCAUUGCCUUUUUGAUGGGCGUUGCUGGUGUGAAGUACACUCACCGAACCAAGGAGGAUACUCAGGGUGUCAGUGUCUUCAUGCUGGCGGCUGGAAUCGCUUUUCUCCUGACGGGCAUCCUCGUUCUCAUCCCAGUGUCCUGGACUGGCGGCAGCAUCAUACGUGACUUCUACGAUCCGAACAUCCCCGUGCCACUGAAGCGAGAAUUAGGAGCUGCUCUCUAUGUAGGCUGGGUGAGCUCUGCACUUCUUAUCGCUGCAGGAGCAAUGUACUGUAGCUUCUGGUGCUUGGCUGAUGCGUCCCAAAAAUCCAGGUAUCCAUCACCUUCCCAUCACAGGUGGCACAAACGUAACUUUGUAGCAGGGAAGUCCCUAAGCAUGCACGCCUACGUGUGA